AUGCAACAUGUGUUUCUAACACGCGCUUUCAAACGAACGUAAACAAAGUUUAUUUUGAUUUUUGUUAAAUGGGUGUGCGCGGCUUAACUAGCUAUAUAGCACAGCGUGCUGAGAUCUAUUUGAAACCGUAUGAACUGCACAACACCGCGUUGGUUAUCGAUGGCGAUAACCUGGCAUGCAAUCUUUACAAAGACGUAACCGGCAGCUAUUCCGCCUUUGGUGGCGACUACGAUGAUUUUUAUCGCGCUGUUGUCCAAUUUUUUCAAGUGCUCGCAGAGUGCUCCAUUCGUGCUUACGUGCUCAUGGAUGGCGGCUAUGAGGAGCGCAAGUUGCGCACAGUUAGUGAACGUUUGCGUGGCAAAAUCGCAGUGAUUAAACGCAUUAAUCCUUGUGCCUCGAUCACACUAUUUCCACUGCAUCUCAAGGAAGUCUUUGUAGAUGCGGUGCGGGAUUGUGGAGUGCCUGUCAUGCGUUGUGUCUUCGAGGCGGACGAUGAGUUGGCGGCACUGGCACGUAAACUAAAUUGCCCGGUGUUAAGCUAUGACUCCGAUUUCUAUAUACACAAUGUCAAGUAUAUUCCACUGAUCACGUUGACUGUCAAGGUGCUGAGCAAGCAAAAGAAGCAAUCCAAGCAGCCAGGAAAGCUGCGUCAACAUCAGGCAAAACAUGUGGAGAAACGCACCAAGUCCAACAAGAUUGUCGCGGGCAUCAAAAAAGGUGAAAAGGAGCAGCAAUCGAAGUCUAAUCCUGGCCAGCGCUACAAGUAUCUCGACUGUUGCAUCUAUCGCGUGGAACAUUUGUGUGGACGUGGUGCGCUUAGCCCCGAGAAGCUGCCGUUGUUUGCUGCGCUGCUGGGCAACGAUUACAUUGCACGCUCUGCUUUUCGCAACUUCUUUACCGCUGGCAUGGGCAAAGCAGGACGCAGCCGAAAGUUGCAGCAGCAACAGCGUCGCAUUCGCGUCAUUUUGGAGUGGCUAAAGGAUCAAACAGCGGAGUCGGCGCUGGAUAAAGUGCUGUCCAGGCUAAAGAAGUCACAGCGAGAUUCACUCACGGCCCAAGUGCAGGCAGCCAUCUCGGGCUACUCCAAUGAGCUGUGUCACUCCUACGACUUCUUUGAGCAACACUACGAGAAUGCUUUUCCUUAUAUACAGGCAGAAAGCGAGCCUGAGGAAGAGGAGGAGGAUAAAGACCAGCAUAAAGGUGAAGAAGACCAGCAAGAGGAGGAUCAGGAAGAACAGCUGGAACAAGAAGAAAACGAAGAGCAACAAGACGAUGCUGAGCAACAAGAAGAGAAAUCUCUCUCUGAUGAGGAAUCAGCUGAUGAAUCGGAGGCUCCCGAAAUCGAAUCCGAAGACAAAACGCUGCUCUUCCCACAAUGGUUUCUCGACAAGCUCUAUCCCGCGCAUCUCUCACGCUACUUUGUGGAUCUGCUCCAUCUACGCAAGUACAUCAACAAUCCGCAAAUCGAGCACUUUGCCCACCACGAUGCCAACGCUUUAGCGCUGCCCAUACUCAACUAUUGCUUCGCUUUGCUGCACCAUGUAAAAGGCAUGGAAGUGGAGCGGCAACUGGAUGAGGAAGGCAAUCCACAGCCCUUGGAAUACACAUAUUUAACGCGAGCUUUAAGGGUCACCAAUGUGCGUUAUAUACAUAUCCCAAUCGAUCGUCCGCCAGCACUGGAAUUCGAGCCCGCGUCGACAGAUGCUCGACAUGUGAGAGCAAUCUUUAAGGAGCAGGUAAAGCAUGCGAAUAUCGAACAGCUCUUUGAGGAAUUGGAGAAAUUGCCAAAGGACUUGCAGCUUUACUUUUUGGCCAUUGUCUAUUGGCUGCACAACUCGGAGCACUGUGAUCUGCUGCAUUUGCAUGCCUUGAUCCUCAGUCUGGUCGUGCUGCGCACUGUGGACGUCACCAUACCCGCCGAGCGUGAGCUGAAGGAGUUCCACAGACGCUUUGGCAAGAUUCUCAAACAGGAACGCGCUGUGCGACUUAAGCAGGCGGCAGACGGCGUAAAGCGUGGCAUUAAGCCAGAGCUGCUGGAGUUGCCGGUGCCGCAGCGCAUGGCCCAUGUGCCCAAGUCUGAUUGUUAUCUGGUGCAGGAGCAACUGCUGCCCCACUUCCAUAUGCAGGAGAUCUUCAAGAAGAAAUACGAUUUGUACUCGACCACAGUGAUUCAUUCAUUUGCGGAGUUCCAGUCGGUGGUGUAUCAGCUGAAUGGACUGAAUUCGCUGCUCAAUCAUCCAUAUUGCAGUCCACAUAUGAAUCAAUUGUUUUGUGGCGCCUUCAUCUAUAAUCUUUAUGAUCUGUUGCGGAAUCGUGCUGAUGUUCGUUAUCAUGUGCAGCAUUUUCUGCUGGCGGAUUCGCUUGUCAUGUUUGAUUUCUAUUGUUAUCUAUUUGAUUGGUGUGUGCAGUUUGUACCGCACUGGAAGCAGCAGCCGGAGCAGCAACAAACAGCUGCCAAAGUUGUGGAGAAGAAACGAAUGAAGAAACAGCGACAGGCGGCGCGAAAAGCUGCUGCAGUGGCGGAUUCUGUAACUGAUCCGCAUGCGGAGCAGCUGCAGCAGAGUGAGCAGGAGGAGGAUCCAUUUAUCGAUUUGAAUAACAAAUUUUGUGGUUUAAAAGUUUAGCAAAUAAAUUCGGUUUCGAUUGUUUCAAUUAACGCGCCACAAUUU